UAGUCAUCACGUUCGACGGCGGAAUCUCGUUCCAGGGCGGGAUUUGUGCGAGAAGCGAAGCGGCGUUCCCGGUACCGAUUUAUAACGCUGCAGUAGACGUGACUUCAGGUAAAAAAUAAUGGAAGACGUUCGCCCAUCUCCCUCUCGACCAAUGGGAGACAGCGAUGACGAGUUUGACAGGAGAAGGCGGGACAAGUUCCGGCGGGAGAGGAGUGACAUGGAGCGGUCGAGAGAGAGGGAGGACAGGAGGAGGGAGGACUGGCCCGAGAGGGACUGGGAUCGCGGCCGUGACCGCAGGCGGGACUACGACCGCGGACGCAGAGAGAGAUUCUCUCCACCAAGACACAUGAGUCCCCAACACAAACGCAUGAGAAGAGACUGGGAUGAUCAUCGAGGAGAGCCGUACCGGGGGGGCUACGAUAUGCCGUAUGGAGGAGGCGGUCCUCCGUUCCCCGGGGGUCCCGGACACCCUGGCUGGCACCCUGAGCUACCCAACAUGCACCCCCACCACCCCGGACACCCCCUGCAGGGCCGACUGGGGAUGGUGGAUUCUGAGCUCCCCCCUCCUGGCCCGCCCGUCAUGAGAAGUUUUAAGGACUUCCUGCUGAACAUGGAGGACAGUGUGGAUGAGACGGAGGCGGUGAAGAGGUACAACCAGUACAAACUGGACUUCAGACGGCAGCAGCUGCAGGACUUCUUCAUCACUCACAAAGAACAUGAGUGGUUUCGAAUGAAGUACCACCCUGAGGAUAUGGUCAGCCGGAGGGCGGAGUCUCAGGCUGCUCUGAAGAGCCGAAUGGGCGUCUUCCUCUUCCUUCUGGAGAACGGUUGGCUGGACAACAUGUCACUCGACAUGGAACACGCGCCCAAAAUCAUCAAGCUGCUGGAUGCAGCGGUGAUAAAGAUGGAGGGAGGCACAGACCAUGAUCUCCAGGUGUUGGAGCUGCCUGUUUCCACGUUGGUGGGAGGGGAGGGGCCUGUGGGAGGAGGAGGAGGAGGAGGAGGGGAUGGGGGGGGGUCAAGUGUGGCUGCAGCUCCAGUGGCUACUGGUACUCCUGGGACCAAACCAGACACUGAGCCUGGGCCCACCAAAGACCAGAACCAGGAGGGAGUUGAGGAGGGUCAGCUGAAUGGAGAGAAGCAGGAGCAGGAGAGCAAGAAGGGCAGGAAGAGGAAGCGCAGCAGCGGGUCCGCCGACAGCGCGGACGGCAGCGGCUCCGACUCCGACUCCUCCCACUCUGACGGCGAGAAGGAGGAGGAGGAGGAAGAGGGAGAGGAAGAAGGGGGCGAGCGACACAAGGAGCGCCAAAAGGAGAGAGAGAAGGCGGGGCCCCCUAAGCCCCGCCCCCUCCACCUCACCACCUCCCUGUUCAUGAGGAGCAUCGCUCCUGAUGUCUGUAGAGAGGAGCUGGGAGCUUUGUGUCGCAGGUACCCUGGGUUCCUGCGGGUGGCGCUGUCCGACCCACAGCCUGAGAGGAGGUUUUUCAGGCGUUGCUGGGUUACCUUUGACCGCAGUGUAAACAUCAAGGAGAUCUGCUGGAAUCUACAGAACAUCAGGUUAAAGGACUGUGAGUUGGCCCCGGUGGUGAACAGAGACCUGUCCCGGCGAGUGAGGAGUGUGAAUGGUCUGACUCAUCACAAGCCGGUGGUCCGGAACGACAUCAAGCUGUCGGCUCGCCUUGUCCACGCCCUGGACCAGAAAGGCUCUCUGUGGGGAGAGGAGGCGACGGAGAGCAAUCCGGUGCUGAAGAACAUAACCGACUACCUGAUAGAGGAGGUCAGCGCCGAGGAGGAGGAGCUGACCGGCGUCACCGGGGGCAACGAGGCCGGGGACGGCAAGGACCCCAGCGACGUCACCGUGGAAACGGAUGAAACACUACUCAAGGUUCUAGACAGACUGCUGGUGUAUCUGCGUCUGGUCCACUCGGUAGAUUACUAUAACCUCUGUGAGUAUCCUGCUGAAGAUGAGAUGCCCCAUCGCUGUGGUCUGAUCCAUGUCAGAGGACCCGCUCCACUGGGCAACAUUACCACAGCAGAAGUUGGCGAGCACCAGAAGAUGUGUGAAGAGCGUCUGGCCGUGCUGCUCACCUCGUCUGAAUCCCUGAGUGACGAGGAGGCUGCCAGACUGGGGAAGAAGGACCCAGACCACGAGGUGGAGAAGUUUCUCGUAGCAAACACGCAGGAGCUCGGGAAGGACAAGUGGCUGUGUCCACUCAGCGGGAAGAAGUUCAAGGCUCCGGAAUUUGUCCGGAAACACAUCCUGAACAAACACGGCGACAAGGUGACCGCCGUGAGGCAGGAAGUAGAAUUCUUCAACAACUUCCUGUUGGACGCCAAGAGACCCGCCCUCCCCGAGAACAAGCCCCCCCCACCACCUGUUCAGGCCCCGCCCCCUGGCCUACAGGUAUUUCCGGGUCAGACGCCACAGCAGCAUAGCCUUCUGGGAUAUCCCCCUGGAGUCCGACCGCCCAUGCAAGGUUUCCCUGGGGCGGGUCCGCCCUACCCUCCUAACCAGUUUGGCGGGGGCCGUGGUAACUAUGACAACUUCAGAGGUCACGGGUCGGGAUUCCCGGGAAAACAACGCAAUAACAGCCGGGGCGUUCGAGGAGACCCCCGCUCAAUCAUAGAGUACCGAGACCUGGACGCCCCUGAAGACCUGGACUUCUUUUAAACCACCACAGCUCCUUUUUUACUUUUUUACUCUUUUACUUUCCUCUGCAGGUUUGUUUGUGUGAAUGUGUGUGAGUAUGUGUGUGCGUGCGUGCGUUCGUGCGUGCGUGCGCGCACGUGCGUCCGUGCGUUUGUGUAGCAGCACUGAUCAUGUGUCGUGUGUCAGUGAUGAUGAAAUUGAACUGUUUUGUGUUUGAAAUAAAGUUCUAACCAGAAACUUU